AUGGAAUCAAGUGGAAGUCCCAUUCUCACGCCCCUCUCCCCCUCAUCACUCCAUUCACCUCCUCCGCUAUCCUCCGCAGGUCUAUCAUCAAGGAUCACCUCGUCGGUCAGCACCGUCCAUCCUAGACUUAGUACGCUCUUACCUAACUCAUCGGGAUAUCUGGCAUUCUCAUCUAGACCUAAACAAGAAAUCAUUCAGAAGAACAAGAAACGGUCGUAUUCGUUCUCGAGUUAUUUUAGGAGAUUACCUCGAAGAUUGAAUAGGUCGUUCUCUUCAACUGUCUCCAGAGGAGGCCCAAAAGACAGACUGAACUCACCUGCUAGACCUCAAGAGUACGUGAGAAAAGAAAAAGAGAAAGAUCCGGUCACCAGGGAAGAGGAGUGGAAAGAAGUUGAAGAUGAAUGGAAAUCACAAGCGAAAGGGUUGAAAGAAGGCUAUAUGCAGUGUCUCAAUGGAGCGAGAUGUAUCACCAUCACUGAUCCGAUUGGUGAUUUGACCGAUGAAUUCCUCCAAUCGACAGUCAUAAUUUCCUCUUCUCAAGAUCCAUUCCCUCAUGUAUCCGACAUGACACACCAAUCCUCUAGACGCAGAUCAUCUUCUACUCCCGAGCUGAGCCGUCCAAUUUUACCAACUCUACCUGGCAAAUUCAACUUGUCGCCUGUCCCUCCUUCACCAGCAUCGUAUACACCUCUCAAAUCGAGUAAAGAGGAUCACGAUGGAGUUCAUAGAGAUGAAACUCAUGAAGAAGAGGUCAUAGAAGAUAAUGCUAGGAUUCUAGACGUUAGAGCGGGAACAGCAAGUUCGUCAACUAGGAGAGUACCUACUCAGAAAUCCGUUCAUCCCACUUUAGGUAACAAGUCGACCGAGAAUGGGGAAAUGGUCAACCAUCAUUCAAUCCCAGAUAUGGAUGAUUCAGAAGAAGAAGAUUUGAAGACACCUCGACAAGUGGAUGAAGAUGUCUUCGAACCGCUCAUUUUCCCUGUACCGAGAAUCCAGCAACAACUACCCGAUCAUGGCAAUGCCACCUUUAGCGCUGAUGAUGAAUCUGUAUCACUACCGAAAGCGGACUCAUUGACCACUCAUUCUUCGCAUUGGAAUACGGUAAACCCACAUCGACCCGCACGGCCAUCAGCUCCCGCUCCGCCACUUACCACUCCCUCUGAACGAGGUUCUCUCGUCCUUGCCCCAGACGAGUACGAAUAUCUCUUACCUCUGCAAGUAAUCGACGUAAUCAACACGCCGAUCUCGGAAUCUCAUAUAUCCAGCUCGCAUUCUCGCUACUCAGCCGGCAUUAAGAGGUCACAUUCCACAUCUACAUCCUCCUCCUCCUCGACCGCCAGACCUAUCGUUCGACCCAAUAAUACAUUAAACAACGAUACUCCCCUAUAUUCUCUUGAAGGAAACUCACAUUCACUUUCAGUCCAAUCGCCAUCAACAACUUCAACUUACCAACCGAAUUUUCAAGGCGGGACAAGGGAUGUAUAUCGCGAACAUCUUCAAAGAGCCGUAGUUCAGCAAUACAACGAUUCGCUUACUCCCCGCAAACCUCCGAACCAAGGGCAGGGAGAUAUGCUGGUAGUUCCUGAUCGAAGAGGGCAAGGGAAAGGGUUGAGAAGGGCGUUGGGCAGAGGGAUAUGGUAUAAGAGGAGUAGGAAUGGAAUUUAG